AUGGUGGACUCCCCAUGUUUGGGCAACUUUGACUUGGAACAUGCUAGAAUUAGAACUUCAAAGGACAACAGAGUAAACAAAGCUGGAGUGACCCUUUACCAAAUGGCCAUUCGCCUGAAUCUAGUAUUCUUGAACGGCACCUUCCCCGAUAUACCGGGGGAGUUCACUCACCUGGGACCAGCAUCUAACAGUGUUAUCGAUUACCUCUUGAUCUCCGCAAAUUUGGCCGUCAAUGUACUUUCCUUCCAGGUUGAAAACCAACAUUUCAGUGAUCACCUCCCAAUAGUGACCACUUUGUCAUUGUUCCGGUACCAGAAGGACUAUAAACACUCAGUCCCUCUGGAAACCUCAUCAGCGACCAAAAUAAGUGGGAUCAAAUGGUCGGAGGCUGUGGCCCAAAAAUACCAGGAUUUUUUCCAUAGGGAAAUCACUGCCUAUCUACCUCAAAUAGCUACUGAUUUACAAGAUUCCAAUUCGGUUUUGAAAUUUUUUAACCUUCUUACAACAAACCUUACCACUUUUUUUACAUUACCUCCUCAAAAGGCGAAAGUAGCGCAUUGCAGUGCUGGGGCCCCUUGGUUUAAUACCUCUUGCAAACAAGCAAGAUCCCUUCUUCGUUCCAUCUAUAAUGAAUACAAAAACUCUAAUGCCCAGGCUCUACCAUCCUCCUAUUUACAAGCCAAAAGAGCAUACAAACAGACUUUAAAGCUGGCCAAACGUGAGUGGUAUCUAAAGCGUUGGCGAGCCUUGAUUGCGGCCUCUAGAUCCCGCAGACCACAGGAAUUUUGGGCUUUGAUAAACAAAAGAGGAAGGAAGUACCCACUGACGAUUAUCCCUGCGCCCACAUGGGAACAAUUCUUGAGCAAAUAUUUCUCCUUGGCAGAGGAAUCCAACUCAUCCACUGAAUUCCGAGCCGACCAUCUACCUUUGUGGCCCUCUACCGACCCAGACCUGAUAAUGGACUUGAUAUUAGAUCUGAAAACGGGCAAAGCCCCCGGGCUGGAUCUAGUCCCUGCUGAGGCUAUUGUUGCGCAACCGAGGUGGUGGGCUGAAAUCCUGGCCAAAGUCUUUGAUGCAAUUAAUUCUACGGGGCUUAUCCCUAGGUCAUGGAAGGAGGCCGUGAUCGUGCCAGUCCAUAAAAAGGGUCCCCUGCUGACCCGGAGAACUAUCGGAACAUCAGCCUUUUGUCUAUCAUCGGGAAAAUCUAUGCAAAAUUUUUGCUGUCCAAGCUGUCCAAUUGGGCAAACGACUCAAAUUUGA